GAGCUUUCAUACGCCUGAUGUGAUACGGGGAGAUGGUUGCGUAUUGCGCCAGCUCCUCAGUGGGACCUACGAUCAGUGUCUUCGCCACUAAGUCCGCGGCAACAUGUCUGUUAUGUGGCUUGUACUUGCAUUGCUCCCCAUCCUCGGGGGUGCUGAGCGGUUCAACUGCCGAGGUCGUAUUCUUGGCGCGUACUACGCUGAUGCUAAAUCUGGCUGCAAGGCGUUUCAUGUGUGCGUAAGAGUCGCCGGCGGUGGAGUACGAGACUUCCGGUUCUUCUGUCCGCCUGGUACUCUGUUCCACCAGGAGGCACAGACCUGCACCGACUGGGGGGACGAUGACCCUCUGGCGUGUCCAGCAGAUAUCUAUGAUGGUCAGUUUGAUCUCUACAAAAUCGGAUCCGGCUAUGAUACAAAGAAACUGACAGCUUCCAGUAACCGUGAAGAAGAACCUGAAUUUGGCCUUCAAAGAGCUGAAUCUGGCGAUCGCCGAACAUCGCAGAAUAAUAAUGGUGCUACUGAUUUGAGAACAGCGCAUUCAUCUGAUUUCUUCAGUGGUCAAAGAGAUCAAGGGCGUGAUGAACAACCACAGCAAAAGCCUUCAUCUAUUCCACCAAGACAAUCAUUCAGAAGAGCCACGACACCUCGCGUGACAUUCCAGCCAACUGAGUAUACUACUGCAUCACCUCCUCCUCAAACACCAUCAAAAUCACCACAAUACGUUCAUAAACAAAAAUUGUUGCGUAAACGUCCCAUCUAUUCAUCAACUUCUGCUCCCGUUACAACAGAGCAGAGCUAUUAUUCUUCACCAUCUCUCUACGAUCAGUCCCAGCAAUAUUUCAAGGCACGCAACCCUGCUCAAAAUAGACAGCCUCAGCUUUCCACCGAAGUAAACAUUCCUCCUCAAUUUAAGGAUGAAUAUGUUGAAGUAAGCAAAGUAACUCCGAAACAAAAUACAUAUUUCCCCACCAGUCCUACACCAACUCAAUAUACAUUCGCAUCUCAACCCACAUCAGCCAGUAAGACAGAUUCCCAAUUUUACAAUUAUGAUGGAACUAAUUCGGAAAAUAAUAUUUCACAAGAUUCCAAGGCAUUUAAAUUACGAAACAGUUUCAAUGUACAACCCGAAGUGCCUAAGCAAGAAGAUUUUGUGAGGAUUAAAAGCAAUAAUAGAGGUACACCUGGAUAUUCAUCUUAUCUUACUACAACUGUUGAUUAUAAUACUGGUAAGGGAGUAUUUUCUAGUACUCCAAGCUACAAAAACAUUAACAGUGUACAGUAUGAGCCAGAGAGAAAUAAUUUUGUGUCCUUUCCUGGACCAAAACAGAACUACUACAAUAAUCCAUCGACCACACCUCCUACCUCUGCUCAUACGACUGUCCGUCCUGUUGAUCCCUAUUCAGGUUUGAAUACGGUGGCUUUUAACACUAACUAUGCCUUAGACACCCAUUCUUCCAACUAUGCAAAUAGUCAGGAAGAUGAUGGUCAAUACCGACCUCCACAGGGUGAAGACGAUGGGCAAUAUAGACCAGAAUUAUAUGAACGGGAGACAGAAUUGCUUUCUGGAGCUCAUUCUUUGAAUAUUGCUGCAAGUGGAAACAGACUACCAGACGAUCAAAAACCAAGGAAGAACUAUUCUCAUAAUUCAAUUGGUAAAGCAUCUACACCGAGACCUUUCAGGGUACCAACAUCAUCGUCACCAGAAGUAACAUAUUAUUCGCACACAGAUAGGCCCAGUUCAGAAACGACGCAAAAGUCAUUUGAUUAUAUCAAGACGUACACAACAACGUCUCGCCCUUACGACUUACCUUCCGGAGCAGGCGAUAGUUUCACACAGAACAAUAGCACUCCAAAAAUAUCCCAAAGUAUUCUGCCGAGAAGUCAAGAGCCACGGACGCAAAGUUUUGAAGUGACAACACAAAGGUUACCGUCAUCGAGUCGCCCCUCGCGUCCUCCCAGUUUCUCCAAGCCUGCGCACAAAAACGAAGAUACCAGCUAUGACUACGCAUAUUACGACUCUGAUCCCGAACGCUUUUCCGAAUAUGGCCACAUAGAAGAAUUCGAUAGAACCCAGUCUAGAGCAUAAGAUAACGCUUAAAUUUGUUUACUGCCAUGAUUUACGGGAUAAGCCACUUCUGUCAAUAUAUAUAGUACUUACAUUUAUUCUUAACCCAAAUAUUUUAACGAUAUUACACUACUAUGAUUGCAUUAAAUUAAAACUAUCAUUACGGGGAAGUGUAUCAAGAAUACUGGCAGCAUUUUCGCGUUAGAUAGCUAGGCUGAUCCGUCGACCGAAAUAGCUACCAGCGCUUGGGUUUCCAGUAACCCUAUUGAGGCGCGAAGAUAGUACUUUGUACAUUCUCCGCUCCUCUGGGACCCACGGGCCAAGUGUCGCGACAUCAAACGGCACAAAGAUGUAUGACUAACUGAUACCAACACAUUAUAUAAGGUUUGUUUUGUUUGAAUUUACAUGCUUCAAACAACAAUAAAAAUAUCGUAUUUACUGUGAUGAAGCAUCAUUUUUGAUCUGUUUGUGUUCGAAAACUUUUCAUUGAAUUGUUUUGAAGUGGCUUACCUUUUAUUAUAUAUAAUCUUGAAAUAAAUUAUUUUGUGAUACAUGUUUAGUAAUUUGUUUAAGUUAAAUACAUAGGCUUAAUUUAAAUUUUACUUAAGAAAAUUCGAAGGUUUUUUGUAAUGUAGCUGAGAGGUACUAAUUAUUUGAUUACUUACAUACAGUGUACUUCACGCUUGUAAACCAGAAUGUAAUUGUAAAUAGACUUAUAUACGAAAAUGA